CGCAAACCCACAGAAGAGAAAGAAUCCCAACACUCGGUGCUAUAGUGGUGUAGUGUGAAAAAUCGACCGUGCUCGUUCCUUGCGGGCUAAUAACAUUGUGUCCGUGAUGCAAAUCAUGCCCGCACGGGUCUGAUCUGUAGUUGAAACUAUGUACAGUUGUUACAAAACCAACCAAAGAGCAAAAUGAAUUGUCAUCAGAUUCUCAGUGGUGCUUGCAAUGCUGGCGAUCGUUGUUUUGCUGUUGGAUCCGUCGAAGGAGUUCCGUUCACAGCAUACGCAGCUGGAUGUAACAUCGUAGUGCUUGCGAGCAACUUUGAGCGUGUCCAAAUCAUACCCGGCGCGGUACACAAUUACAUUCGCAUCUCGGCGCUCGAUGCCAGUACCGAUACGGGAAAGAUAGCGGCCGCGUACGAGGACAAGGUAUGCAUCUUCGAACCAACGCCACUAAUCCACACGGAAAGGGCGUCAACGCAUGGAUUGGAAUACAAAUGGGUCCAAACGGGCAGCCUGCAGGCAUCGUCACAUAUCAGUUCGCUCUCGUGGAACCUGGAGGGCACGAGGCUACUGACAGGUGGCACGGUGCUGCAGCUAUGGCACGAACGAUUAUCCAAGCAGGAUGAGGACGAGCCAAGCUCGGUUAAGUUUGAAAUCGGAGGUGAACGGGAUCCAAAAACGCCGACCGGUGAGGAGGAAUCCGAUAGCUGCUCCUGGGAUUGCGUUUGGAAGUGUCACACCGCAGCACCGGUACAUCAUAUGGCGUUUAGCCCGGAUGGAACAUUGUUUGCAACCUCUGGCAAAAGCGACCGUUUGGUGAAGGUGUGGUACGAGAACAAAUACACUUUGUUCCCAAAUAAAAGUUUCGAUCAAUCACAAUCGCAAAGCUUUUUUGGCGCGCCGGAAAUUAGCUAUGGAUUCGUGUACGUUGCCCAUCCACGUGCCGUUACCCAUCUGUCGUGGCGCAAGACGAGCAAGUACAUGCCAAAGGGUUCCGUGUCAAACAUGCUGGUAACAUCGUGCCUGGACAACAUCUGUAGAAUAUGGGUCGAAACUGUGCUACCGGAAGAUGGAUUGGUUAACAUGAAUCAGUUUGAUCCGUUGGCAUCCCAGAACCCAAAGUUUCGUACCCAUCGCCACAAGCAUAGGUUCAUGCAACGCUUGAAGCACAUGAAAACAUGCUUUCACAUUCGUCGGCACGCGAAACAUAGCGGCACAGGAGGUGCAAAUGGAUUGAAUGGCAUGGGACCAGGCUUUGGUGGGCCAGGAGCGAGUGCCGGGUUCGGUAAUGCACCGAUUCCAACGCUACCGUCGACUUAUAGCGUGCAUGAUUUCCAUUCGUACGGUUACCAUGGUACUGGGAUGCGGUCUGGACUUCACUUUCAUCUUGCUGCGUCGAUUAACGCCGAGACGGAUAUACCGUUGGUACCGUCGAUGCACACGACCGAUCCUUCAACGCAGCCCAACUUUAUACUGCACUGGCUGAACAACAAGGAGAUGCACUUUACGUUGCAAGCCGAAGGCAUCCUGCAAGAAAUGACGCGCAAAGUGAUCGAAAAGGAGGAACUUCAAAAUGGCUCCGGUAACAAUAGCGAGGGUGGUGGAGGUGUUGGUGCGAACGAGCCGGGUGGAAGUUUGGUAAUGGAGGAAGGUACCAUCAACAUAGAGCACCAUCGUAAAGGACAGCUAAGGAGUACACUUUCGCAGGAGGAUAGUAAUAGCAGUGAGGAACAUCCACCGUUACACUCGCAACAUCGAUCGCAUUCGAUUGGAGCGGGAUCACAUGUCGGAUUGCCGAGCCAUCAUUCUCUAUCUAACACGACGUCCAUCAAUUCUUUGGCGAAUGAUGGGAACUUGCACGUCACCGAUUCGUUGGACAUGAAGAUUGACUGUUUGCUACGCGACUGGCAACACAGUCCGGAUCUCCUUUUUUCGAUUCAUCCAAUUGACGGUAGCUAUCUGAUCUGGGUGGUAGAGUGGUUAGAUGAAUAUCAUCCGGGAUCCUACCGUCAGGCGCAAGUUUCCUUUUCGACACGCAUCCCAUCCGCUUUCCCGCUCGGCGAUGCAAUGUCAAUGUCAACCACCGUUGCGCUCUACAAUACUGGCGGAAAUCUCGGAUUCCGGGAUAUGAUUAUGCGCGGUCCUAAAUCAUCUUGUACCGCCGGCGGUCAAAACAAUACUGGACAGCUGGAUGUCGUUAGCGAUUGUGUUACUUCGCUGCCCAGCGUAAUGGAGGAGAACGAAGCGAACGAAGAAGAUAAUGCUGAGCAGGCGAGUAAUGCGGAAAUGGAAGAUCAUGGUGGUGAAUCGGGCGGGAAUCGUGCUACUUCCAACAUGGAUCAUACAGGGGCGGAUGGCGGAGCACCACUGGAGCAGGCCGAUAUUUUAACUGCACCACCCUCACCCACCAUCUCCAUGGUAACGAAGCAUUCAAAUGGAACGCUUAAUUUGUGGCAGUUAACAUUUGCCGAUCGAAGCAAAUUUUCCCAAGUGCUCAGUAUUGGGCACGCAUCACGUGCUUCCGGGCAUCGGUUCCGUGUGAACGAUAUUACGUGCCAUCCGGUACUACCACUGCUGCUGACAACAUCCCAUCACAACAUACCGGACAUUCCGGUGACCGGUGAUACUACACAGGCCGCUAGUGGCGGCGAAAAUCGUUCGUUGGGAAUGCAUCGCUCCAAGGAUGUUUGUGCUCCGUCAGGAUUUUGCUCGGAGCUCAUAUUGUGGCGUGUGGAUGCAGUUGGACCACUGUCCCAAUCGGGUGGAGUCAGCGAGUUGGCACGCAUUAAUUCGCCGGAAAUUUCUGCAUUCAGCAACGUUGCUUGGAUACCGACCCUACUUCCUAGUACGACGCUUGGCAAUCUAAGCAACUCACCAUCGGCCUGCUUCGUUGCCAGCGAUGGUGAAUGUUUGCGGGUGUAUCAGGCAGUUAUCGAUGCACGUACACUUUUGGCUGAGAUAUCAAGUUCGGAGCGGCGAUGCCGCCGAAUGGACUCGUUGAUGUCGUUGUCCACUGAAUCGUCGGAGAAUGCGGGAAUGUUACCACCGAUACUGCACGAUAAAAUAAAGAUUGUGUCUCAACAAUCCACCGCCCGGCCCGGGUGCAUAAUUCAACUGGAUGCGAUCGACGAUGCUACCCACGAUUGGCAAAAUACACAGUUCCUGCACGUGUUCCAGGAACAACUGAUCACGGGUGAGCGAACAGAGCCAAUGGUUGAUCUGUUCGGAGUUUCCGGCACCGCACAUCCCGCCAGCUCCAGUAUCGAUGCGGAUGUUUUAAAUCCCGACCUAAAACCUACUAUUGGGCUGAUGGACGGUGGAAUGGGAGCGAUGGUUGAUCUGCAGCGAAACGCGCAAUUUGAACAACCCUUCUAUCUGGUCGUGUUGGAACGUACCCAAAAUGGCACAACGUUGCACAUGUGGCGUAUUGUAAUUGCUUCGCAGCCCGCGGCCUCCGACGAGAUGAGCAGCAGUAUGAUGUACGUACCCGAUAGUAACCUGGUGCAGGAUUUAGACGAUCCGGAAAAUCUUCACCGUCCAUCGGUAGUGCCGGAUGAUAUACCCAAGAGUGCGGGACACACUCGAACACCGCUGGAUCAUGCUUCGCACGUCAACAUUUCCACAACCAAAGUUUGUACCCAGGAACUACCACUUCCGGACGGAGUUGACGUUAUUCAUGCUGCACCAGCCGCUGGACAUCUGAGCUCUUCCUCGAUCUAUCCGGCCUGUUUUGCACCAUACAUAAUCGUAACGGCAUGUUCCGAUUCAACUGUGCGCUUUUGGAAGUGUAAAAAUAUCCAGCGUAAAGAAAACAAAAAUGGCGAUGAUGAUGGCCCCAAUCAAGUUCCUAGGUACGAGUGGUGCGAGUGGGAAAUGAUCCGCAAGGACCAAGAAUCGACAAUUGAUGUAAAUGGACAGCUGUUGCAUAUUAGUGCGGCAUAUUCUGGACGAAUUGCAUGCGCGUACAAGUACGGCAAGUCCUUUACGCGACCUACCAAGAGCAGCGAUCCCGAGUCACGCUUCGUCAACUUGAGUGUCGCCAUUUACGAGUGCGAGUCGACUGGUGGUAGUGAAUGGGUGCUAGAAGAUACGAUACAUCUGAAAAACAUCCAUCUGCCACGCAUACAGGCGGACCACAACUUGGAUUUAAGCUAUCUGUACGAUACGCGGACUCUUCAGAAAAAGCAACGACUGAAUCAAGUGUUGCACACGCUCUCGCAUGACGACGCACGGUCACCACGGUCUGUGAAUGGUGAUGUAACACCUGAGGCUCUCGUUAAACCAGGAACGGGCUUGUUGGCUGUGCCGAGCUUCAGCACCCUACAAUCACUGCGCAAGAGCAUCACCGAGCAUGGCAAUACGUGUCCGAUCACGCAGAAGCAUCUGGUACAGUUGGACUGGGUGUCGAAGGAGGAUGGUUCGCACAUUCUUACCGUUGCGGUGGGAAGUAAGAUUCUUCUGUUCACACCGGUGUGCAGUGAUUUGGCCCAAUCCAAUAUGAAAGCGAUGAAGGAAUCGCAAUCAACGAACCGUCCACUGCUGCGUAAAGCUAGUUCGCUAGCACAACCACAUUUUAAUGACGAAAUUCGGUGGAUGAAGCUGCGCCAAAUCGAACUUACGACCGCUGACGGACUUCCGCCACUACCGAUGCAGAUCUCCUGGGUACGGGACGGCAUAUUCGUGGCGGGAAUGGACUCCGAGAUGCAUGUCUACUCACAGUGGAAACCUCAAAGCAACAGCUUGUACAACGUGAAUCAUCAGCUCGACAUUGACGAUAUGUACGAUACGCGCAACUUAAAGGAUGAGGAUCUUCGCUCGAUGGCACAGGACAGCAGUCAACGCCGGCUGGCAAAUGUAUCCUCCAUGCCGGUACUAUCGCGCGUUAGCUCCAUCAAUCUAAAUCAGAUGCUUUCGACGGCAGACGCGAAGAAAAAGAAAACGCUCGGGGCCGCCAGCACCGGUCAGAUUGGAUCCGUGGCGGCUUCGGCCGCGGCCGAUCAGCAGCCAGCACCCGGCCAGCACGAUUAUAUGACCGAUUAUGGAUUGUUCGAAGCUUCACGCAUUGCGUGCCCGGUACUUCCUCAGUAUCAUCCAAAGCAGUUGAUGGAACUGCUGAACUCGGGUAAAAUACGAUGGGUUAAAGCGAUUCUGGCGCAUCUCGUCCGUUGCAUCAGUGGUUCGUAUACUGUGCGCGGUUGUGGCGGAGACGAAGAAAGUCUCAACCGUCAGCGUGGUUGGUCUAGAACUCGCACUCUUUCCAUUAGCUGUCCGGCAGGCACCGUUAGUCCUCUUGAACCAAGAGGAUCGACGACACAGAUUCCAGAAGAGCUUACGCUUGACUAUGCGGAGAUCACAUCCAUUCCUCCUCUACCAUUGUGGACUCUGCUGGCUGCAGAUAAGGAAUCGACUAGCAGCAAUUUGCAGCAAAAUGAUGAAGUUAAGGAUUAUAAUGAACUGUUCGAAAGUAACACGGCGGACGAAUCGUUGGAUGAUUUGUUGGACGAUGAGAGCGGAGGUGGUGACAUGAACCGACACACAGAUCGACGAUCCUCGCUUCCGGAAAAACAUUACCUUUCGCAUUUUGGUCCCCGGCAAGGGCAGCUACUGUCGCGUCUGUUAACCCACACCCAUCUACCCGGACUGUCAUCCUUAGAUCAGAUGCAUUUGCUUGCAUUAGCUGACACGGUGUCAACGUGCAAUAUCGAUUUUGCGGAACGGUUUGCAAUCGAUGCAGCCAAAACGGCGAUAGCAAAGGAAAACUUGACCGGCGUUCCUAAUACGGAAAAUGUAUCAACUGAUUCACUGGACGACUGUGGACUACGGUUUUUGCUGGCAAUGAAACACUACAACUAUUUACUGCGCUGCUUACCGAUUUCGCAACGCCAUUCGUUCCAGAAGCAGGGCGUCGGUACGUCCAAUAUUGUGUGGGCCUUUCACUCUGAAAGUGAGGAAGAGCUGCUUAAUCUGAUACCAUCGUACGUGAAGGGACAACCUAAGUGGCACGUGCUGAAGGAACUUGGUGUGGGAUGGUGGCUGCGCAACAACAACUUGCUUCGUCAAUGCAUCGAACGUCUCGCGAAGGCUUCAUUCCAGGCGAAUCAGGAUCCACUCGAUGCCGCUAUUUACUACAUGGCGAUGAAGAAAAAAUCGGUCGUUUGGGGACUUUUCCGAUCGAAAAAGGACGAAAAGAUGACACAGUUCUUUGCAAACAAUUUCUCCGAGGAUCGUUGGCGAAAGGCGGCCUUAAAGAAUGCGUUUGCGUUGCUGGGGAAGCAGCGAUUUGAGCAUGCCGUUGCAUUCUUUCUCCUGGCAAAUUCACUCAACGACGCGCUGGAAGUUUGUUUGACAAAGUUGGAAGAUUUGCAGCUGGCGCUAGUGAUUACAAGAUUGUAUGAAGGCGAACACGAUCCAACGCCACCGAGCUUCAAAAAGCUGUUGUUCGAAGAGGUGUUGGGUUGCGAUAAAAAUGGUGAAAAUCAGGACCUUAGCCGUGCGCAUCCGGAUCCAUUCCUGCGCUCAAUGGCGCUGUGGAUUUUGAAAGACUACACCGGUAGUUUGAGCACACUGCUCGACAGCCAGAUCGGUAGCAUGCAUCCACUGUUUGAUGACGAAAGUGCCGCUCUUGGUAAUGCAUCCCAUCACGAUGCUGGUCACUCAACAAACCCGAACGUGUUCAAUUUUUACGUGUACUUGCGCACACACCCAUUGCUCAUAAGGCAGCACAUUGCCUCAUCGGCGCAGGACAAGAAGCGGGCACAGGUCGUAAUUGCUGGAUUCAGUUACGGUGCUGCUGAUACUAGCACAGCAUCCGGUGGGCUAGCGACGGACAAACAGAUACAGCUGGAAGAUUCUAUAACACCGCUCGAGCGGCAGCUUUACUUUACCACUGCCCAUGCACACUUCAAAGCCGGCUGUCCAGCAUUAGCGUUGGAGGUGUUGAGUAAGCUGCCGACGAAGGUCAUCGAUCAGGAGACGAGCAACGCGCAAAGUCCAGCCAGUGGACCGGAUGUAAAGGUGCAGGAACAGAGUACGCUCAUCGCAACGGGUACUUUAGAAUGGAGCAGUCAAAACAGUGGCAGGGAGACAGCUGCAUCGUUCGAUUGGGGUAGCAGCUUAGGUAACAGUACCGCGAUGGACUGGGGCGCUCCGGUUUCUUCUCAAGCUAAUGGCGGUGAAGAUGAGUUUAAGAUUGUCUGGGAAGAUGACGGAGAAGCGGCAGGUGAAGAGGAAAGCAGUGAUGAUGAUGGAGGUAUACAGAUUAAGAAAAAAGCGGAACCUGAAAGCCUUCCGCUCAGUAAGGAUACUGAAAUGGCGCUAGAAGACGAAGGCUCGGCUAAUGGCGGAAGUCUAGACAUAAUGGCGCAGCAGUUAAAGUUUAUUGCCUGUUUGAAGAUUCUGAUGGAGGAGUUAUCGACGCUUGCGACCGGUUUCGAAGUUGACGGCGGUCAGUUACGAUAUCAACUAUACGUAUGGUUGGAGCGUGAGGUGGAAGCGUUGAAACAGUUGUGCAAUUACAGCACAGGUGACUCGGAGAAUACAGCCAUCGAGGAUACAACGACGGCAGAAACUGGAAUGGAUCGCGAUACACCCGUGUUAGCGAAUAAAUUCCCGCACGAUAAACCUACAUUGCACGAGAUCCUCAUUCAGGAAAAGCAAGAUUUCGAAGCAAAGGUCCAAAGAGCAGCAAGACGUAAAAGAUGGCUGAAGGCCAACGAAACGCUACUUCGAACAUUGUUAAGCUACUGCUCACUGCACGGCGCUAGUGGCGGUGGUUUGGCUUCAGUGCGUAUGGAGUUGGUGCUACUGUUGCAAGAGUUGCAACAAGAGAAAACUCAACAACAGUUGCUGAGUCCGUUACCGUUCCCAACUACUUUGCCACUGCUAAGUGCUUGUGUUGCCGGCAAUAAAACAGUAAUCGCCGACCCAUUGCGCUAUCUACAAUCGCACACGCACGAUAUGCUCCAGACGAUGGUUAACAUGCGUACGCCGCCGCACAUGAACCGGGCGUACACGUUCCCGAGUGGUAUCUUCGUCCUGCGUGAUCUUGCUGUCGCGCUUUCGGCCUGCAUCUAUCAAUCAUUGUGCGAUUCGGACACUUUCAGCGUAAAGCAAUCGUCCUCAUCCAUCGACGGUGGUAGCCAAGGAUGCCACAGUCCCGGCAUGGAGACGAUAGCAAAGCUGAACGCAAGCUGUCAGAGUACGCACUUGAUGGCUAACGCGGCCGCUCAUCAGCGACGCCGCAAGUACUCGACCGAUGAACCGUUGGCCGUCAGUACGCCACCCUCCAAAUGGCCUGGUGUAACGAACCUCCGCGCACUGUUGGCACGGGAAAAGGACGAAGAUACACCCCGGCUAAAUGUGCUGCUGUGCGAAUCGUUCGUGGCGGGCUAUAUGGCGCUGUUCGUGUACGCCUUGACCACUUGCGACAGCCAUAUUCUGUAUCGUCUAGCCGGGCAAAACUUCUCCGACAGCUCCUGGUCGACGUUGUUCGGCGGUGGUGUAAAGAAGUUGUUGCGCAAGGCUACGUCGCAUGCACAAACAGCCCAAGCGGUACAGGCACAAAUACAGCAGGAAACGUUGGAGGCUGCGGGAGGUGAAACUGCAACCGGUGCGGAAGGUAGCGUUUGGGGAGCGGUAACAUCGUUGACGAAGCACCGUGUAAAGUUAAACAUGAAACUGCUCGGACCGUUUGCUGGCCCGCAGGGUGCGUCAAACAUGAAGGAGGACAAACCAACCUACCGGGAACAGUUCGUUCCACCAGAAAUGUCCAUGGUGUCGUACUUCCUGACGAAACCGAUCCCGAAGGGACUGGGUGCGGACGAAGAAGAGUAUGAUUCGGCUGAUUCGGCAGUGUCCGAUCUUGACGAUGAGGACGAGGAUGAGGAUGUGUUUAACGAUCCGCUAAACAACGACCCGAAAGCUUCGCAAGUAUCGGCCGCCGUCAGAAAGCAUCGCCUUGAGAAUACCGAACACUCUAAUCCCAACUCUUACUCUUGGUGUAUUAUGCGUUAUGCUUUGAUACGCGUGGCACAGAAUCAAUUGCAAUCAUUUAUUGCUAUAGCGGGCAUUGAAAUGCAAGAACUUCCGGUCAGCAGUCCAUUGGUGCAUGGGAUACUCCGAACACUAUCAUCAUGGCAAGACCUGCUAAAAGAGGAGCUGGAAAAUCGUGGUCCCGCUUCAGUAGAUUACAUUCCAGGGUGUUUCAUUGAGUCCGAAGCGAAAGGUCCUGCUAUACACAAGUAUCGAUCGCUACUAGAACGUUCCAAUACGCCAUUCAGCCCUUGCUUAUCCGCAUCAGCACCGGCUAGACGGCUGUGGAACUAUCUGGUGCGUAUCGAAUCCGUACAGGAAAUUUUCAUUCGUGCCGUUUUUGGCAAGAAAAAAUCGCCUGCAAGUGCGGCCUUCGAAUCUACCUUGUGUGCUGGAUCGGCUUCCGCAUCGAUCAAUGAUGCCGGCACACCUGUUGGCCAUGAAAACAAUGGCAGCGUAGCUGGUGCUCAUCACCACCAGCCGCAUCAAAACAUUCCAGAACCGGUACGAAUAAUACACAAGGACCAAGAACAGAUAUCGGCAUUCUGUCUGAACAUGGUAAAUCCUGGCCUGCUCGCGCUUGCCACACCUAGAGAGGUGCAGGAAAUGGAUAUUUCACUGCUGCUGGAGUCACCCAACUGGAUGGAGGACGAGUGUGAGAUGGACAUUAUGAAUCUGUCCAAGGAUAUUGAAUCACUUGCAUCGAGCAGUUUUCUCGUCAUUCAAACAUCAACGGAUAAACACCUGCUUAACCAAAACAUCAGCAGUGCACAAAACUAUGGUGCACCAUCGAGUCCCCAACCUGGAAUUGCAGGACAAUCAGGACGUGGAGCUUCAGUGAUCAAAGGAGCUACAUUCCCCGGUAGCCAGUGUCCAAGGUUCUGCAAGCUGGUUAUCGAUCGUUCCAAACACUUACUGAAACCGGUGCUGAAACAUAAAGUCGAUAAUAUUAAACGUAUGAGUGCACAUCCGCUGAUGCCACUGUACCUUACUGGCGGACAGGACGGCUCGGUACAGAUGUGGGAGUGGGGCCACCAGCAAGUUGUCUGCACACCGCGCUCACCGGGAACGUUUGCCAAAGUGACGCGCUGUCGGUUUUCGCAGCAUGGUAACAAAUUUGGCAUUGCCGAUGGUGAUGGCAACCUGAGCCUCUGGCAAGUGGGCCUCGCAAGCCAAAGCAAUCGACCAUUCUUCACGUAUCAAUGCCAUAAUAAGGGAAUCACCGAUUUCGUGUUUCUUGGGUCGUGCAGUUUGGUGGCAACGGCUGGUCACAGCUCGGAAAGCAAAAACGUAGCUAUUUGGGAUACACUUUUACCACAAAAGAAAGCUCUGGUAGCUGCCUUUACAUGCCAUGAUCAAGGUGCAUCUAGUCUAGCAUAUGCUCCACAGCACCAGCUACUGAUUUCGGCUGGUAAGAAAGGUGAUGUCAGCAUAUUCGAUGUUCGCCAGCGGAUCCUAAGACAUCGGUUCCAGGCACAUGAACAUCCUAUCAAAUGUUUGGCGAUCGAUCCGAACGAAGAACAAUUUGUAACUGGCUCGGCUGAUGGUGAUAUUAAGGUUUGGGGUCUGUCAGUUCAUACCCAGCUGUACAGCUUCAUGGGCGAGCAUGCCCGGAGCAGCUUUUUCAAGCACAUUGGUCAGGGCGUUACCCAGCUGCAAAUCGAUCAAGGAGGGCGUCUGUUUUCGUGCGGUGCCGAUGGUUCGAUGAAAGUGCGACAGCUGCCUGAUCGUGAACCCGUUGUUCAUUCGCUGUAUUAA